AUGGCACCGGAUCAAUACCAUGAGCAAGGUAACAGGAGUGGUCACAACAUCAGCAGCAAAUCCUUUCAAAGAUGUGAGGGCUGCGAUGCACAUUACUAUUGGUGUCAUAUGGAUGAUACCCAGAAGUAUUUCUUUAAGUGCAUGGUUGGCAAUUUCCAAGAUAAAAUGACCAUACCACAGAAGUUUGUGGAGAAUUUCAAAGGUCAGAUCUCUGAAGUUAUCAAGCUAGAAGCACCUGAUGGAAACAUAUUCAACGUUCAGGCUACCAAGGAUCUAAACAAGAUAGUCCUGGGAUCUGGAUGGGGGGUAUUUAUCAGCUUUUACGAAGUAAAAGAGGGCUAUUUCCUGGUCUUUAGGUACAUGGGGGCUUCUCACUUCAAAGUUCUGGUAUUUGAUUUUGCAAGUUGCUGUGAGAAGGAAGUGUUACACGUUCUCAUGAACUACGGUCCUAAUGCCCAAGAAAAAGACAUUCGUCUUGAUCAAUCGCCGCUGAGUGAAAGGCGAUGCCAGAAUGGUGGAUCAAGCAACGGUGGGUCCCAUCGAAGGUGCGAGCACUGCGAUGUGCAUUUCUAUUGGCAUCACAUGGAUGAUAGGCAGAAGCAUUUCUUGAGGCUCAUGUUUGGCGAUUUCCGUCAAGAAAUCAGUAUACCAGAGAAAUUUGUGAACAAUUUCAGAGGCAGGAUAUCUAAAGUUAUGAAGCUAGAAGCUCCUGACGGAAACGUAUACAACAUUCAGGUUAUCAAUGAUCUGAACAAGAUAUUCCUUAGAUCUGGAUGGGCAGCAUUUGCCAGUGCUUAUGAACUAAAAGAGCAUGACUUGCUGGUGUUCAGAUACAUUGGGGACUCUCACUUUAAAGUCCUAAUAUUUGACCCAAGUGGUUGUGAGAAAGAAUUAUUCCACAUUGUCAUGAACCACACUCCUAAUCUACCAGAAACGGGCAUAUCUCAUGAUCAGCCAUUCCUCAAAGAAACAAGGCGUCACUGCGAAUCACGUGAUUAUAACAGUAGGAAAACUAAAAAGAUGACUCCGCUGGACUCUCCUUCACCGAGAUCAGCUGAAGGUGUCAAAUCUCCAGAGGACACCCUGAAUUCAGGUGGCCUUCGGGAAACCACCAAGCCUCGCUAUGUUCUAGCAACGGGGUGCAAUCUGACUACAGCGCAGAAGGCAGAAGUCGACGCGCUUGUGAGGAAAGUUAGGCCUGCUAUUCCGUUUUACAUCAAAGCCAUGAGCAAGACAAGUAUCUCUGGAUCUCUGGUCAUCUGCAAGGAUUACGCUGCCAAAUACCUUCCAGAUGGAGACCAAUUCAUCACACUCUGCCAUCCUCAUAAGAGCAACAUAUGGAUAGACAAUUUGAAGGUUAUCACUGAUGGUUCCCGCAUGCUUUCUGUUGGCUGGUCUUGCUUCGUUCUCCACAACGAGUUGCGGGAAAGUGACAUCUGCCUAUUUGAAGUAUGGAAAAGCGACGGUGACGUGACAAUGGUUGUUCAUUCUCUCGAAGGAGGUCAUCACCUACAAGGGAAAGAGCCCGAAUCUCAGAAAAAGCGUAGAUAUCCAGUUAAGGCCGAGGCCACCGAGGAUGAGGAGAGUGACAAGGAACAUGCUGAGUCCAACUACUACUACUCAAGGCACGCCAAUGGCCUGACCAGCGAUGAGCAAGAGGAUAUAUUCAGGUCAGCGUUGAUCCAACAGGGCAAUCCCGUGUACGUCGCCGUCCUGGGGAAGAAUCACGUUAAAAAGGGGAACAACUUGCUGACCAUCCCUAGAAAGUUUGCAGCAAAGCAUCUCGCGGCGAGGUCACAUGACAUCCUGCUCCUGAGACCCAACAGGGGAAAGAAGUGGUGCGUGAGGUACUACUACCAUUCGAGCUUAAGGGGUUUCAGCAACAGUCCAUGGACCAAGUUCGUCCGCGACAACAAGCUGCAGGAGGGCCACGUCUGCGUCUUCGAGCUGAUCAAAGGGGUGCGUAAGGCGACGAUGAUUGUCCACGUGUUCAGGAAGGUUGAUGGCAGGCUUGUUCUGCUGGACUAA